UGAAGCCUCCAAAAUUGAAAAAAAAAAAAAAAAGAGGUAGCCAUCUCACCAGCCAACUUUGAAAAAAGCAGCUCUGGCUAUCUUUAAACUUGGGCCCCUCCCACCCUCAUGUGAGCCAUAAAGGCGAAAGAGGGGAGGACAUGUGCCGUUUCCUUUUCCAGUUGGAAAGGGUCAGAAGCCAGACAACAGACGGCUGAAGCAGAGCGAUAUCCUUCUCCAGGGGUUUGGGGCUCCUCUCCACCCAUCCAGCUGUUCAGUUCAAUCCCACCCGUGACACGGGAUUGUCACCGCAGCAACUCUCUGCCCAACGCCAAUCAUGAGUUACCAGAACAGAAUGGCAUUCAACGAUUCCGUCAACCCUGGCUUCUCGUCAGCUGGAGCGGACAUGGCUGUCAUCGCAGGCGUCAUCGCCGCUGUGGCCUUUGUCCUGAUCUGCCUCCUGUUCGUCAUGCUUCAUUACCUGUACAGGCAGAAAGGCACGUAUCACACCAAUGAGGCCAAGGGAACCGAAUUUGCAGAAAGCGCGGACGCGGCCCUGAGGAACGACCCGGCCCUCCAAGAGGCCGGGGAUGACAGCAAAAAGGAAUAUUUUAUCUGAGGGGAAAACUAGGUGGGGACUUCCUUAAUUCUCUGUCUCCCAGGGAUUCGGUUCUAAGACACUACUUCCAGGAAUGGAAUCUCCGCCUCAGAUAUCCCAAGCAGACCCAACAGCCGCGGCGGCGGCUGCCGAAUUUACAUGCCAUUCCAUAUUUCAGGACGGAGUGAACGCCGGAUCCUCGGUUAUUGAUUUUCUCGAUUGUAUCGGUCACCGUUAAACUCAAUGUCCAAAAAGCAGAAAGACAACAACAGCAGCAAAAAUUCAAGCGUUGAUACACUGACACCAGAUGAUGAGACGAAAUGUCAGGGACUGACAUUUCGUGCGUGUCAGCGCCUCCCGGUAAGAAGCGUCUCUUCCCGGAGGAAAUGCAGCAUCUCUAUCGAUAUUAGUCAAAUGAUCCAGAAAUGAAUUACAACUGGAAACGGAGUACCCCAAGUCUGAUGAUGCCGCUUCGCUUCAGAAGAUGAAUGGGCAAACAGUCUCCUGAUGUAUUUUCUCAUCCCUUUCCUUGUUUCUUUAACAAGCAUUGUUUUGUUUUGAAUUUAUUUCUGUUUUAGAUAUUUAUAACAUGGAACAUGAAAGACAGGAAAAACAAAAUGUUAGAUAACAAGCUUGUCUCAUCCUGUCUUUUCUUGCUGACACGUGGUAGAGAUGAAAAUGUCUUCGGAGCAGGGAUAGAAUCUACCGACUCUAUUGUAUCGUAGUUUCCCGAGUUCGAAGUCUGGUGUUCUGCACAAAGUAAGCACUCAAUAAAUACCAUUGAUUGAUUGAUU